AACAUGGAGAACACCAGCAGCGUGAGGGAAUUCAUCCUUCUGGGCCUCUCGGAGAACCAAGGGGCGCAGAAAAUAUAUUUUGUGCUGUUUCUGGCUUUCUACCUGAUCACCGUGGCAGGAAAUCUGCUCAUCGUGGUCACCGUCAUCAGCAGCCGGCGCCUCAACUCCCCCAUGUACUUCUUCCUCUGCUGCCUGUCCUUCGUAGACAUCUGCUACUCCUCCACCACGGCUCCCAAGAUGAUCGCCGGCCUGCUGGUGGGGACUCAAAGCAUCUCCUUCGCGGGCUGCAUGGCGCAGCUGUUCGGGUUUCACCUCUUCGGCUGCGCCGAGGUGUUCCUCCUCACGGCCAUGGCCUACGACCGCUACGUGGCCAUCUGCAGGCCCCUCCAUUACGCCUCCCUGAUGAGCGGGCGCGCCUGCGGCCGCAUGGUGCUGGGCUCCUGGCUCGGGGCCUUCUGCCACUCCACCCUGCAGCUCCUGCUGACCGUCCGCCUCCCCUUCUGCGGCCCCGACAGAAUCGACCACUACUUCUGCGACGUGCACCCCCUGCUCUGCCUGGCCUGCGCCGACACCCGCCUGGCGGGCGCCGCCGUGGUGGUCAACGGGGGCCUGAUAACUCUGACCGCUUUCCUCAUCCUGGUCUCGUCCUACGUGGUCAUCCUGGUGUCCCUGAAAGGCCGGACGGCCGCGGGGUGGCACAAGGCCCUGUCCACCUGCGGGUCCCACAUCACCGUGGUGAUCCUGUUCUUCGGGCCCUGCACCUUCGUCUACAUCCGCCCGUCCAGCAACCUGGCCGAGGACAAGGACGUGGCCGUGUUCUACGCCAUCAUCACGCCCAUGCUGAACCCCCUCAUCUACACCCUCCGGAACGAGGAGGUGAAGAGCGCCAUGAGAAAGCUGUGGAGCAGAAAAGUGGGGAGUGAAAAGGGAAAGGUGUAGGACCACCUGUCAUGUUUCCAAAGGAUGGGAGAAAAUCGAACCUCUUUCGCUGUGAUUUCUUUUGUGACAAUUUCCUCGUGGCCUGUCCUUUAAAGGACAGCUUGCUGGUAGCUCCUGCUGUAAUUAGGAAGGCACUAAAGGUUUAUUUUUUGAGGGGAAAGGCUCUGUGAACUCUGCGAUGAGCUGGCAUUCCCUGUCUAUUCUUUGUCAACAAGCACAGGUCCAGACCAGGGCCUCCUGAGCUCAAACUCAGCACCAGUGUUUAAAUAUGUACUGUCAAAAGUACUGGAAAUGUUGUUCAGCAUCCCAUUAAAAAAAAAAAUAAAAUACAAAACCCUGAUAUUAUGUGGUAGUUGAGUCCUUUGCUGAUGUAAGUAAUGGGAAAGGAAACUUUUCCCCUGCCCCUGUCACCUCAACAAAUCCUUUCUGAAGUGUUUCAGACCAGGCUGGAUGGGGCUUGGAGUGACCUGGGUUAGUGGAAGGUCUCCCUGCCCUCGACAGGGGGUGAAAUGAGAUGGUCUUUAAUGUCCCUUCCAACCCAAACAGUUAUUCUACAAUUCCACAGUUCUGUUUACUUCUCCCGUCACUGCUGCCAUCCUUCCAACCGUACCCUCUACCC